AUGAGAGGAGGCCAUCGUAUCUGUAACACACCAGAACCACUUCAAGCAUGUUCACACUCGCUAUACUCCCAUGAGUCCUUCCCCUGGCCCCAUCUCACCCAACCACGCAUCGAACACCCACAGCACACUUAUCUUCCUCUGGACAGACUAAAUGUCAACCCUUACACCAUGCAGGAAUGUGGUCACCUCCUCUGCCUGGUGUUAUGGUUUAACCUGGUGCCAGUGAUGAACGGCUGCCCAGCAAAGUGUGUGUGCUACAGCGAGCCGAGGCCAACCGUGGCCUGUCAACAGCAGGGUCUGUUUUCCAUUCCCACCGAGAUCCCCGUCCGAAGCCAGCGAAUAUUCCUCCAGAGCAACAAACUGACAGUGGUCCGAUCGACCAGCUUUAGUUCAGUGCAUAACCUCACCGUCUUGUGGAUGUACUCGAAUAACAUCAGCCAUAUUGAGGCAGGGGCUUUUUACGGGUUGGAAAGACUGGAAGAAUUAGACAUAGGUGACAACAGCAACCUUCGCAUCAUCAGUCCCACUGCGUUUCGGGGUCUGACCAAGCUGCAUACCCUUCACCUGCACAGGUGCGGGCUGUCCGAGCUCCCGGUGGGAGUUUUCCGAGGACUCUUCUCGCUUCAGUAUCUCUACCUGCAGGAUAAUAACCUUCUGGCGCUGCACGACGACACUUUCCUGGACCUGGCCAACCUCACCUACCUAUUCAUACAUAACAACAAGAUCAAGGUUGUGACUGAUCACAUGCUGCGAGGUCUCAUCAACCUUGACCGCUUGCUCCUGCACCAGAACCGCAUCAUACACGUGCAACAGCAGGCUUUCAAUGACCUUGGCAAGCUGACCACCUUGUUUCUCUUUUUCAACAACCUCACGAUGUUGACAGGAGAGGCCAUGAACCCGCUGGUGUCCCUCCAGUACCUGAGGCUCAAUGGAAACCAAUGGAUUUGUGACUGUCGAGCCAGGCCGCUGUGGGACUGGUUCAAGCGCUUCAAAGGGUCCAGCUCCGAGCUGGAGUGCCACAUUCCAACCUCUCUAACCGGAAAGGACCUUAAGCGACUGAAAAGCGAUGAUUUGGAGGGAUGCGUGGACUCCCCGUCAGAGGUUCAAACCAGUAUCUUCAACACCAAGGCACGCUCUGGAAAGUUCCUCUCGCUCGACGAUCCUCUUGUCGAAAGCAUUCCCAGGUGCUGUCUUUCGGAUAACGACAAAUCCUCCAUUAUCUCCAGUAAGUCCCUCCCGGAUCCAUCAUCCUACAACAGCCGACAGAUCACCAACAAUCCCCUGAAAGAGAAGGAGAACAUCUCCAAGACCAAGUUUCGGGAGGUGGAGCGAACGAAAAACGACACUUAUAAUAAGCAGAGUCUCAAUGAUGGUCCUUUGGGAACCAUGUCCAACAACCUCGACCAGACCUUGGACAAAAUCAACCCAGAUCUGCUGGACAAUCUGGAACCUUCUACAGCACCAAACAGAAAGAAAAAAAAGUGCUCCAAAAAGCCCAAAUCAGACCAGUAUUGUCUAAAGGCUCAUGGAUCCACCGUUCAAGUAUUGGCUGUUCUCUUUCUCCCCUUGUUCUGGUUGUCUCUGGCUUUGUCCUAGUUCAUACUCUCGUCCAUCAGUUUGCUCUUGACAAUGACACAAAAUACCUGCAGUAGCCUACGUGGACAGGCAAAAGACGAUGAAUAGGGGGUUACGAUGUUGCCCCGCAUGGUUGAGAAUAAGUUGUAAUGCUAAAGACGAAUGAAAAUAAAUGGAUGCCUUUACAGAAUACAUGAGAUCUAAUGUAUAUAAAACUCGGUGCCCAAAUGUUUGUUCUAUGUACUUUUAAUGUGCUGUGUUUAAGCAACACUGCGGAGAGUUCCCUAUUCCCACAUCACUUCCAAAAAACAUUGAUCAGAAAGUGACUAUUGUAGAUGAACCACUAAAUAAGAGAGAAAAAAAAAACCUUAAACCAUGACUAAAGUACACCAGUGUGCCGAAAGCACCCAGGAAUGUUGCCGAGAAGAAACUGAAGGGAAGUGACGUUUUUUUCUCCCCCAAUACAUUUUUUUUCUUUUAAAAGUGAUACAUUUGUUCUUUGCUGUUUUUUAUGUUUCUAAGUAUUUCAGUAAAGACAAACGUUUAACUCUUCCCAAAUACGUGCUAUGUUCUGUUAUGUUCCGUCAUGACACACACUGCAGGUGGCAUCUUGGGAAGGAAUGCUGUCUAUUUGUUCACCGAAAUUGCGAUGGAAUUAUAGAUAUGCAUUUUAUUUUGCUGGUGUACAUGCAUAAAUA